AGUUUUAGUUUAUUGAAUUUCUGUUGAAAAUCAUAAUUCUUUCACAGUUAUGAAAAUGCGUUCUUCUGUCACAAAUAUAUGACAAGCACAUCCCCAUAAUAUCAAGCAAAUCAAGCCAGCAGUCAACCUAGUGAAAGGUCUACUAUCCGUGAUGAUGGUUGAAAAAUUGCGUUGAUACACAGCGCGCGCAUGUUCGUGAGCAGCCGGUUGUGAAAUGACAGUCAACAGUUCAUGGCGUGUACGCUGAGUAUGUGGGUUAAUUGUUCGCAAGGUAUAUGUGGGGCAGUGGAACACGUAGCUGUUUUUCAAGCGAUGCUUUCAAUAAUUAGACCUGAUAUAGAGUAAAGGGUAUUACACUGCGCCGCUGCCUAACCAGGAUGUGAACCGUUGUUGUGUGCCGGGAUGUUGAUCGAUGUACAUGUAUGAUUCAAGUAGAUACAUUCAAAUGGAAGUAAACAGCUAGUCGUUGAAUGCACUGUGACAUGAGACCUCGCAAGCGUCAAGACCUUCAAAUCUGUGGCACUACGCAAGUAAUCCAGGGUACAUUUCUGCACUCGUCGCACUCCGCAGCAGCUAAUGAUAUACGUAAUUAGUGUUGAAUUGAUCAGCCAGCCUUCGCGUGCGCAUGCAGCACCGCUGUGCACUACAGGCAUGACGGAUAGUUUGCGAAUUAACUGCUGCUGUUCAUUAGCCGCUUGCUGGUGGCCGGACGAUUGAAGCUCUCGGCAGCAGGUGCGCGGUGAUGCAGACACUCGUUGUCGGAUUACAGAGACCGUGAGCCGCACGACAACCGUAGCUACGGAGACACCAUGCGACAGCACAUGUCACGCGUCAGCUGGCGACUGCUGAUGACGUGCUUGGUGGUCGUCGGUGUUGUGCACCUCUACCUGUUUGUGCGGCUGUGCCAGAGGACCGACUCCGUCGAGGACGAUGCAGCCAGUCUGCGUCAGCUCUCGCGCAAACCCGCAACCCGGCAGCAGAUCUCGGAGCUGACGGCCGCGCGGUCGACGAGCACGACGGGGCGUGGUCGUCACGGCAACGACACCGUCGCCGCGGUGAACGUCACCGAAUGGGCGUCGAUGCCACGCGUGAUGCACACGGGUGACAUUAGCGAGAUCCAGCGUGUGAUAAUGGAGAUCAACGCCAAGCAGUUAAUCGUGAACGCACACCUUUUUGACGGGUUCUCGUGGGACGGCACAAUCAUCGUAGUGCAGGUUCACACACGCGCAAACUAUCUGCACUACCUGAUCGAGUCCUUACGCAAGACAGCCGGCAUAUCAGACGUGCUGCUUAUAUUCAGCCACGAUUACUACUCGUCGGAUGUCAACGACGUAAUACGAAAAGUCGAUUUCUGUCAGGUGAUGCAGAUUUAUUACCCAUAUAGCAUUCAGCUAAACCAGCAUAGAUUUCCUGGGGAGGACCCAAGUGAUUGUACCCGUGAUAUACAAAAGUCUCAGGCGAAAAUAAAAGGCUGUCCUAAUGCAGAAUGGCAGGACAGUUAUGGACAUUACAGGGAGGCCAAUUAUACACAAAUCAAGCACCAUUGGUGGUGGAAGCUGCACUUUGUCAUGGAUGUUCUGGAGGUGGGGCGCAUGCAUAAAGGGGUCAUCGUAUUGCUUGAAGAAGACCACUAUGUGGCCCCAGACUUCAUACACCUACUCAACCUCAUGAUCACUACACAAAUGCGUUCUCAUCCUGCCAUCAAUAUUCUAAACCUUGGCAACUACCAGAAGAGACCAAAUUUUCCUCGCUACUACAACACGUAUUCUAUAGAGAUGUGGAGGUCUAGUGAACACAACAUGGGAAUGGUGCUAUUCCGUGACACAUGGAAAACCUUGGUUAACCACACUGAAGCUUUCUGCAAGUACGAUGACUAUAAUUGGGACUGGACACUCAUGCAUAUCAGCCAGAAUCUUAUGAGUCCAUCGCUGCGUGUCAUGUACCUACGGGCACCACGCAUAUUCCACAUUGGUGAUUGUGGUAUGCACAAGAAGGGAACAAAGUGUGACCCAGUACCUACUGUAAGUAAAUAUGAGGGUCUGCUCAAUGGGCUAACCAAGUUCCUCUUCCCAGACUCCAUUGUGCUCACGAACAAUCCUGUCAGGAAGCUGCGUAAGCUGAAGCCUAACGGAGGCUGGGGUGAUCCACGGGACCACCAGCUUUGCCUUAAUUACAGUCAGUCAGCCACAGUAUAACGGACUGCGUGCCAUGCCUAAGGAAGAAAAAAGCCUUGUUACAUACACAUAUAGCAGUAAUUGCAUUUUUCAUCUACAGGACACGUGUUGGUCAGGGGAAUAAAAUAGUUAAAUUCUUAUUUCAAUUAAGAAAGCAAUGGGCAUCUAUUCAUAAAAAGUGUGUAGAUAUUCUUGGAAUAAAGAUGACAAGGUGGUGCACUCUAACGCAGCUGGGUGAAUGAUGUCCCUUACGUGCUGGUCGCCUCACAUAUUUGUGCUAUGAUGAGCAUGCUAACAGUAUGUUGCAUUUUGUGCUGAUGUGUGGAUGACACAACUUAAUAUUUGAAGUGGAAUGAUUUUGGAAUUUAGUGCAGUUUAGGUAUAUCAUAAAUUGAGUUUCAAAUUGCAUUGAUAGUGAACCAAAUGUCAAAGAAAUGGUUUAUUAGCACAAUGAGCGAAAAAAAAUUGGCUGAAAGGUUGUUUUCCUGGACACUGUCGAACGUACUCUGGGUAUGCACCGAUAUGCAGCUACACUCUCUGAUAUAUUUUCUCAUGAUAUUUACAUGGCAACAUUAUACCAGAUAUUACUGCAGUGCACUGUGAUAUACCUGACCAUCCCAAUAGUACGUUUCGACAGUACCAAUUAAGUGACUGAAAACACUCCGUAAUAUGCUGAUAUCAUCAGGAGUCUAUCAAUAUCAAAAUCAUCUUUUAGCCAUUCUUUAGUAUAAGUAAUGUGCAAUUGCGAGUUGGUUUUGACUUGGGGUGCAAUGGUGUAAACGAGCUUAAUGUAGCUGAGAGGGUCUAUGUCCCCCAGGGUACUGCCGGAACGUACCCUGGGUACGGUCCGGUACACCGGAACAUACCC